AUGUGGAAUGAACUAAACAGCAGGUUUGAUCAAGGCAACGGACCUAAGAUCUUUGAUCUUCGAACCUCUCUCAUCAGCCUUCAUCAAGGUGAUGACUCUGUAAGUUCCUACUUCACUAAACUCAAAGCUAUAUGGGAUGAGAUUACUGAUUUACGCCCUAGACUUCCAUGUACUUGUGCUGCUUCUGCUGAUUCUCUUGAUUUUCUUAACCAAGAACAUGUUCUUCAAUUUCUUACGGGUUUGAAUGAAUAUUUUCAUGCUGUAAGAGCCCAAAUAUUAUUGAUAGAUCCAUUCCCCUCUCUUUCAAAAGUUUUUUCCAUGAUCAUUCAAGAAGAAAAUCAAAGAAGACUUCGGCCAUCUCACAACACCACAUUCAUUGCUGUUGUCCCUCCAUCUGUUCCACCUUCUACCUCUUGCACCAAGAAGAUGCGUCCCACCUAUUCUCAUUGUCUCAAACCAGGGCACCUCAAGGAGAAAUUUUUUUUCCUUCAUGGAUUUCCCCCGGGUUAUGGUGAUAGACGUAAACCUGAUUCUGUGAAGACUAAUCAAGUUUCUGUCUCCACUUCUUCACCAAGUGCACCGAUCAUUCCAUCAUCUCAAUUGGAACUCAGCCAGCAACUUAUUGCUCUGUUAAGUCAAUAG